AAAAAAACCUGCAUCCUCCCCUCUCUCUUCCCCUUGCUUUCUCCCACUGUCCUUCAUACCACUAAUUAAUUCACAUUCACAAUGGGUUUCACCGAUUUCGUCUCUGAGGCUGGCCUUACGCUUGCCAACCACUACCUGGCCACCAGGAGCUAUGUUGUCGGACAUGCUCCUUCUCAGGCCGAUGUUGUAACUUUCAAGGCCUUCUCUGGCGCCCCUGACGCCGAAAAAUACCCGCAUGUUGCUCGCUGGUACAAGCACAUUGCCUCUUUCGAGCCAGAGUUCUCCAGCCUCCCUGGUGACCCAUCCAAGGCUUUCACUGCCUACGGUCCUGAGAGCACUGAGCUCCCCACCAACCCCAAGGACAAACCCGCUGAGGAUGACGAUGACAUGGACCUCUUCGGCAGCGACUCUGAGGAGGAAGAUCCCGAGGUCGUCAAGCAGCGUGAGGCAAACCUUGCCGCAUACAAGAAGAAGAAGGAGGGCAAGCCUAAGGCUGCUGCCAAGUCUCUCGUGACCCUGGAAGUUAAGCCAUGGGAUGAUGAGACCAAUCUUCAGGAAUUGGAGGCCAACGUCCGUGCUAUCGAGCAGGAGGGCCUUGUCUGGGGUGCCUCCAAGUUCGUUGCUGUUGGAUUCGGUAUCAAGAAGCUCCAGAUCAACCUUGUCAUUGAGGAUGAGAAGGUUUCUCUUGACGAACUCCAACAGCGUAUUGAGGAGGACGAGGACCAUGUCCAGUCCACCGAUAUUGCCGCUAUGCAGAAGCUGUGAUUUGAUGGUAAUUUAUGAGAGAAGUGAUGACGGUUUUUUGACGUUUUUUUCUAUGAAAUCUUAGUGUUACGAAUCAGCUAGAUUUCAGCCGGGUCGUACAUACCGGUCGUCAUUAUGAAAAUUAAGAAACAAAAAAAGAACGAAAACUAUUAUAGAAAUCUUCUAAAGCCAUUCGAUAAAAGUAGUCUAAUAUAGUUAUCAAUAUUCGCUAUAGCAAACAAUGAACCUCAG